UGUUAGUCUUUCCCUCUUGAACUCAAAAAGCAAGACUAUAGCCAACUCUCAGUAAGUAUUCAAUAUAGAAGAUUAUCCAGGUUUUUAUCAUCCUUCAAAAUACCUUACCGCCCUACUCAUUGUCAUUCUUGUAGUUCUAGACUCAUACAUCUACUUUCGAAUAGGAAUAGAAAUACUAAUAGAGAUAUUUAAACAUAAUUUAGUCCACGUCCGCCUCCAACGUCGGAAAAUAAGCAGAGGUAACUUGAAGUUCCCCGACAAGAAGAAUCCACUGAGUAAGAAGCCGAUCAUCUCCAGUGAAAUUUUUUGUACACUCGUUCUUCGUCAUAUUAGCUUCAGGAGCAAGAGUUUAUACUAAUUCAUCUUACUCGUAUUUUUUUUAGCCUUACAUACAGUUGGCAGCUUACCAUGAACAAUCACGGAGGUGAGCCCGUCUAUUCUCCACGCGACAGCCGCACAGGCCCGCUUUACCAGGUCGCAGCGCCCUGUUCGCCCGUCGGACCGUAUUACGCAGCUGCCGGCCAUCCUCCGUCUGGUGGCCAGCCCUCUAUUAUUGCGAGCCCCUACAUGGUUGUGCAGCAAGGCCCCCAUUGUCCUCCGGUGCUGUACCAGCCCGCAUAUCCACAGGGAGUAGACCCGGCUUACGACCCUGCCGCAUUUCAAAGCCCGGCAUAUCAUCCACAACAGCACCGUGGUCGCGAUUUCCCCGCCGAUGCGCUUUUUGGAUAUGAUCAAGAUGACGGUCUGCAUGACCACGAUGACAAUGACGACGACGGCGAGGAUGAUCCUAGCCACGACGUUGCGGAACUCGAGGACGGGCCGCAGGGACAAGGCAAGGCAAAAAGCCGCUCUUGCGUCGCAUGCGCAACUCUGGUGGACACAGUCGGACGGUUCAUCGGGCUCCGAGAACGCGAAAGUAAGAAAGCAGUCUUGAUCCGCAACCUGAAGCGCCUCCUCUCUCCGGAGCAGGAAGCAAAAAACUGGACGCGGCUUGGCUUCACCGGAACGGUGCUCUUACUGCUCUUCCAACCGGUGGAUCAACGCAACCAAAGCUUGGAUCGUGUUUGUGCCGGCUUGCGUGAGUUGGGUAGCUAUUUGAUGAUUUCGAAUCUGGUCGGUAUUUCCUUUGCGCCUGACUCCUCUGAGGGCAGCCGCAUGGUCGCCUUGCUUGAAGAGUUAGUUCAGGUGACGGCCAAGGUGGGUGUGCAGUCCUUGGGAGCAGAAAAGCUGGUCGACACAUCCCCUACAACAUCAUUGCCAGUGCUUCCACCCGACGGCGGCCUUCGAACGAGAGGUGUCGGAGCACCCCCGCGGCCUUACUUGUCUACUCCUCCUCCUCCUAGUGGCAAUAGUUUUAGCCCGAGCCAGCCUUAUGAAGCCGAGCCUGUCCUAUCAAAAGCAGACGAGGCGGCGGUUGUAAUCGCGGCUUUGAAGGACCCGCACAGCGCUUUGGGGAUCGCACCGCGUGCAGAGCAAGAUGUGAGUGUUUCUAUGGCGACGCUUAUGAGCACCAUGGUGAAGCUGACUAUGUGGCUUUCGUCCACUGUGAUGUUGCUAGGUCUGGUGCUGCUCUACCACAUCAAGCAGCUGCUGUGGCAGCAGAUUAUUCAGAGGCGCGACCACAGCAGUAAGCGCUUCGUGGCGGUGGACUACGCAUCAAUCCUGAUGAACAUUGGCUGUUAUGGUUAGCUUUUAUCCAUCUUUCUCGGCAUCUUGGUCCUCCCCUUUUGUCUUGCAUUCUCAUAAAAUACAAGGGGAAAGGGGUCAAGAGGAGCAGGGGACCAAGAUGGAUCAAAGCUGAUUCUAAGGCUGGGCAGCAUAUCUUAUUGUGCUUGGAGUGAACAUGGUCGUGUGGGCAAUCCCGAUGUCCAUCGUCGCUCUCAACGUGGUGUGGUGGCUGCGCAUGAUCCUCAUCGCGAUUUGGCUCAGCGUCUACCUCUCCUUGGCAACGCGAAUGCAGCGCAUGUUCUACGAAACAAGCCCUCUGCUACUUCUGCACUACCCGUACUUGGGAACCUUUGACCUCGGCGGCUAUCUGCUCUACGUCAUAUUCGUCGACAAGGCAAAGCUGCGAGCCAGAGCGGUCAAGCAGGUACACCUUACAUCGAUGUAUACAUAUUUCCUAGUUGUCAGGCUGGCUCCGCCACUCUAUAAAUAGCUGAUGAUCAGGCACUUACCUCCAUUUUCAUUGCGGUAACAUCGAUACAAAAGAUGAAUUAGAAACUUUUAUUGUGAAUUAUGUACUCCUGGACAGGAGGAACAGGAAGCGCCUCUGUCUUACUGUAUCGAUGAAGACGCGUUAGCAGCUGAGUUUAUUUCACAUAAAAAGAGGCUAUACCCCGCGAGUGGGUACGUCAGUCAAUCAAUCAACCAAUCAAUCACUCAACCAAUCAAUCAGUCAACCAAUCAAUCAGUCAAUGCAUCGGCCUCAUGAUCUCAAUCUCAUCAAAGUAAAGACUCUUGCUUCAUCUCGUGCACAACAGCACAGAGUUGUAUCAUGCAUCCAUGUGAUCAGCAAGUAAGGACAAUCAUCUUGUCCCUAUACAACUUAUUUGCAGGUACACGAGCUGUUAGGACACGAUCUCGCACAGGCUGAGGAUACUGCGUUCUUUGUGCUACAAAACUGUCCCGAGAUUAUCGAAGAGUGGUGCGCAAACUAUGGAGCGGAGAUGCAAGAGUUCACAGGGGACGGAGAAUGCCAGCCCUGUGCUGCCCUCCUGGCGACGAAGGACAGGAUUCCUGGGACCAAGGAUGAUGAAGAACAACAAGGCGGAAGUCAGGGGUUCUCGAACGGAGGUGGAAGCCCGAGUGGCCUUCUCGCGACCCAACUAGCACUCUCCAACGCUGGCACAAGCGUUGCUUCUGCGAACAAGCAAGGCAACUCUUCGGGAGCAGGCUACUCACAAGGUGGAGGACCGCAGGAGGCCACUGUGAUGCAAAGAGUGCUGACCGAGACUCCAACGACGGCAGGUGGAGCAGGAGUUACUCCGGACUCAACACCAGGAGGAGCUGCAGAACAACAGCCCGGAUCUGGUGCAGGAGCAGCAGUAGGCCAGAAUACUAUUAAUGUUCCGCCACCAGCUGCAGCGGUCGUCGAAACCGAUAUUUACGCCCCUAUGCUGCAGCCGACGCAGAGUCAAACCCGAGGCAUGAGCGCUUCGGUGGUGAUCCGCAGUCCUCGAAAUACGGACUGCAGCUCGCGGCUGAGUCAGCGCAGCAGCCUGUUGCAGGUGCCCCAAGGCUACGGAAUGUAUCCCGCGGUCGGUGGUCCACCGGGGGCUGCUGGCAGAACGGGCGGAAAAGGAGGAGGCUUCUCUUUGAGUGCGUUCUUGCAACAGUACAGGCCUUCCAUGAUGCAACGCGUAGCUCGCCAGCGCCAUCAGGACGCUACGCCACGCUUGCAGUCGCAUGCGGAGUCAGAACUAUCUCAACGCGGAAGCACUGUUGAGCAGGGGGACGGGCAGGCAGCAAAUAAUAUAAACAUUGCUCGAGGAAGUGACAGGGAGUCAGCGUCGCAGAACACUAGUGGCAAUAUGGUUCCUAGAGCAGAUGGCACUAGAUCUGUCGCGUCUCGCAAUAGCGCGCGACAGCAGGCAGGGGCAGGUGAAGCGACAGAAACUCGUGGCAACGCGAUGCAGAGCGCUGCUCCAGAAGAGAGCCAACGUCUGCUCGAUGACGCAGAUGAGAAAUGA